GAAGUAAGUGCCUUUGGUGAUGAUGGCGAAGGAGAUGACCUCGAUAUAUGGAUUGUGCAAUGCAGUGGGACUUACUGGGAGCGGGAGGAUGCAGUGCGCUUCAAGCACGUAGGAACUGAGGUGUUCCUUUCCAUAACAGGGGAACAGUAUGGCCAUCCCAUUAGAGGCCAACGGGAAGUUCAUGGCAUGCCUACUGCUAACCAUCACAACUAUUGGAAGGCAAUGGAGGGAGUCUUCAUCAAACCCAGUAUGGACCCUGCAAAACAUGAUGAGCUCUGA